AAAAAAAAAAAAAAAGAACAUCGACAGCAACAUACCGAACCGCAAUCAUGGGGUCAUUCCGCAGCGUCAUCGCCGAAGACGAAGUCUUGAAGGGAUUCGAGAGAGUCGGCACCGUCACCUUUGAGGAGCCCGAGGAACCUCUUCUCAACUACAAGCCGGAGGAGGACAUGCGCUCGUGGAAGAACCAGAGCCCUAUGGUCCUCGGGCAGCUGCAGCUCUUCCUCGAGGCUCUCGUCGCAGCGCAUGAUGAGGCCGAAGACUGUAUUACCGACCUCGAGAUCGGAGGUGAUUCCUACUUCGCUAAGAGGUGGCGCCACCGCAAGCGUGUCAAGUACACGAAGGGUCUUGCGGUCUACAAGGCCCAACGCAAGGCGGUACUCAAGAUCGAAAUGAGAAUCAUUCGGGGCGGUAACAUGGGAGAGGCCCUCCAGGCAGCUUUCGAUCGUGUUCAAAUCGCCCUCAUUGAGAAUAUGGUGCGCGUCAAUUCCCUGUUGAGCAUGCUCUGAGAGAGAGCGUCUUUGCCCUCGGGCUUUGGCUUUUGGCGGAUGAGAACUUUGAAUGGGACGCUCGGUCGGAAGAACCCAGCAACGAUUUCACGAUGGGGGAGACGCGACAUUGGGUAAUGACUAGCAAACCGGGGCUCGAGAGGAACCCGCGAGGAUAAAUGCGAUAGAAUACCAACAGAACCACGGAACAAUGCUAUAUGUGACACCAUUAUGGGACAUGGCUUGUAAUUAAGCAGUUGAUCUGGCGGGAUGCAUCCUGGUUCAAACCAG